CACGCUGGGAGUUGUAGUUUUACUGCUGACACAGUUUAACUCUCCUGGUAAUCCUUGGUUCUUAGUUCAUUUAGAGAAAGCAAAAACUCACUGAUGUUAAAAUGUCAAAUCCCACCACUUGUACAGGAUCUCAGAGUCAAUUAACAGUAGGCCAAGCUCUGGAAAAUAUCAGCCAACGUGACACCACUGAGUUUGAAACUCUGCAAAAAGACCAAGAGUCUCUCAGCUCCCUACAGGUGACUCUAUCGGAUGUGCAGAAGAAAAGCGACGAGGCUGAGAAGAAACUGAGACAUAAAGCGAGAGACCUCCUUAUUGUGGAAGAUGACAUGAUGCAUUUAGAGCAGGAAAUGCAGGCAAGACGUGACCACUGUGCCUCCAUCACAGUGGACAAGGCAAAACUCCUGGAGCAAAUAAGUGAGGAAGAGGAGACGGCCUGCAUGGCACGGGCUCAGUUUGACAUUUAUCGAAGAAAAAUGGUGAGCCACAGGCAGGCAGUUUUGCGCAAGAUGGACCAUACUGAUGCUUGCAAAGAGGAGAAGACAACCCUUGUCGAAAAAUUGAGGAAGUUUAAGGAGGAGCUGAAGGAGGAUUUAGAAAAUCCACAUGGAAUCAAAGUGCAGUCAGAAAAGAGAGAGAUUGAGGCCCUGACAGUGGAGAUUGGAGAGUUGAUGGAAAAUAUAGCAGAGAGGAGGGAAAGUCUUCAGAAAGAGUUGGAGAGCCAUGUCCAGUUAAAGCAAGACAUUGAGGGGCAAACCAAGCGCUUUAAUGCCAUCAUCAAGCACCUUCACUGUCAAAUCAGCAAGGCCCAGGCCUCCCACAGGCUAAUGUCCAAAGAAAUCUACCACAUGGAGAGACAGAAAGUUGAGCUUCAAAGGCAGCUGGGAUCAUCAAAUGACUCUGAUCAGUGUUAAAGCAACAAGAGAUACAGUACAUUGCGGCAUGGCACACUGACAAGUCAUGAGUUGUUGCUACAACAAGCCAGCAGAGGACAGCAGUGUCAAAUAAACGUGUAGCUAUAUAGCCACAACCCCAAUGGGAAUGUACAAUAUUCCUUGUUCAAAAAGCUACUAGCGCGAAGUGUCUAAAUAUAGUGUUUUGAACCGUUUGUAGCAUACUGUUUUACAUUAAUAUUUCCGGAAUAUGUUUUGCAUUUGGACGAAUUUAAAGAGACAGUCAGCAGGAUGUUUUUCGGCCCACCACCAGGCCAGCACCUCCUCCGAGUUAGUUCAUCCUGGCCACAACAAUCCGAACAAAAGCUUCAACUGUAGAUAUGUUUUGGUACACACUGUUCCAGCUUCCGCCUCAGUGGCUCGCCUGAUGCUCGCUGAAGUGACAUUCCCACUGGAGGCUAACAAGGCGAGACUGGGCCUCGUCGACCAUAUCUCAAAACGAAAUAGCAAUAAUUGGUAGAAGGAGGUAGCAUUGCUGCACACUACAGUGUGCUCUACUCAUCAUAACUGUUAUGUAUUUUGAAGUAUGGUUUCUUUGUCCUCUGGUUUUCUGGAGUAAACGUACAAUAAAGUUUCAGUGCUACUCUACUAAUGAACAUUGUAUUCCUAUAAUUUCAUGGUAUUCCAGUGUUGAGAAGGGACAUAAACAUGGAGCGAUGGUGAAAAUGCUCCAGUGUAAUUGUU